CAGUCUUGUUAUAAAUAAUAAUGUGUAAUCUAAUUCCAUAAUAAUGGGGGAUGAACUGACUAAAAAACUGACUUUUAAGUUUGGAGGUGGUGAUGAAACCAAACUUACUACUCUUGAGGCAGCUCUGAGGUUUACUGAAACCUAUUUUUCCAAGGAUCUGACCUCAACAAGAGUACAAGUUCCAGAGGAGAAAAUUGAUUAUGGGCUUUCCACUGAAGUUGUAGCAGAUAUGAGUGAAGGUGAAUGGAAAGCUAAAGCUAAGGAAAUAAACGAUGAAAAGGAGAGAGAAGCAUUUAAAAAGUACUGGUCCCAGUACGAAGGUGGAGCUAGUGAACUUCUGGUAUGGAGAUACAUUUCAAGAAUUCCCGAGUCCAUUCCACUAGCUCUCUUCCACAACUUUGACCUUCGCAUGUUUCGACUUUUCACAGGUAUGCCUGCAUCUUCAAGUGCUGGUUUAUCUAAGGAGGAUAAAACUGUUCACCACCUUGAUCACCAAGAGUUUGACUUCUUGUUGAUUCUCCCGGAAUACCGGGCUUAUUGCCAUCUUGAAGUCAAGGCAGCUGUAAAUUUCAGUGGUUCCUGUAUUGAUCAGCUGGAGAGAGGAAAAUGUUUCUUCAAGAUGGUUCAAGAAUAUCUGGGAGAAGAAGAAUACAAGGAUUGGAAAUUUAUUCCAGUUUCAGUCUUUCCUAAUUCUAAGGGCAAAGUACCAGAGAACUUAAAGAAGUACUACCCAGAUCAUCUAUUUCUGAUUAAACCAGAUUUAGAGACAGGAAACCUGAUAGAGAAGUUACAUUAAAGCUCCAUGCUUUGUUUGAGCCGGCUUAUCCUUUAUCAACAUAUCCUUAACUCCAAUAAGUUUAUCCUGUACCCCAGACAGUUUACUGAUAAUACAUACUCAAGAUUAGUUUCCUUUUAUUAUGCAGCAGCACAUUGCACCAAGAUUAAAGGCUCUGGAACCCUGUCUCUUGAUACAAAAGAUCUCCUGCAAGAGGCAACAAGGAAGUUGAUUGGUGGGAAAGAGACUAACUCCAUUGGAACAGGUGCAGAGUCUUUAAUGCCCUCAAUUCUUAUUGACAAAAAGAAACCUAAGAAGGAAGCCUAUACAUUCAAAGAUGUAAAGGAAGCAGGUGCUGUUGGAUCUGUCCCCAGCUUGAUGUUCUGGACCCCAGACCAGAAAAAGAUAUUGUUUGAGCAUCAUCCUAGAAGCAUCAUCUAUGGACAAUAUGGUACUGGGAAGACAGUGCUGUUAACCGAGAAAAUAAAAAGGAUGAUACAGAGUGUUAUUGAUGAUCAGGACAAGCCGGAUCCUGAUGAUAGAGAAUGUGUUAACAAAAAUGAAGAAAUUAAUUGCACUCAAAGUAAGAACUACGGUGACAAGCAGCAGUGGGAUCAAGACUGCAUUGGGGAGAAAAUAAAGGAGGAUUGGCAUGACGAGCAUGAGUCUGCUGAUAGGGGUAGUGAUGAUGAAAGAGAAGAAGUUAAUUUAACCCAAGAUGAGAUAUAUCUCAUGGAACUUGUUUUUUCCCUGCCAGUGAUGGUUCGUCUUUCUAAAUUUUUAAAGAAACUUGAGGUCUUGCGUGGUGAGACAGAAGCAAGGGGGAUUUACAUUUCCUGCCUUAGUCCUAAUUUCAAGGAGUGUUACGAUUACAAGGGGAAUUAUAUUUCUCCAAUAUUUAAUCUGCUGAUGAAGGAAAUGUUUUCUGAGUUAUCAAAGGAGCUUGAGAUCAAGACCCAGCAAAAGAAUUUGGUUGAGUUCUGGGGUGCUGAGGAUAUCUGUAGGGAGAUGGGUAUUCCCAUAUUUGAGAGUUAUUUCUACUCUGUGCUUCCAUGGUUUGUAGCAGUGAAGGCAAGCAAACAAUGCCUGGUGGUGGUUGAUGAAUAUGGAGAUGGUUUUGGCGCUAGAGUUAGAGAAGGUAAAUACUGUUUAUCCCCGGAACAAGAAGAACUCCUGAGGUUAGAUAAAUUCAGCAAAAUAGAUGCUAAAAACAUCAUCAUAUCUAUAAACCCAACUCUAAUGAGAGAUUCUGAACUUUAUAAUGGAUUAAACAUAGACAAGACAUUUGAAGUUCAUUUUAUAUUGCAUAUAUUAAGGAACUCAGGAAACAUAUGCAAACAUUGCAUGGAUUAUGGUUAUAUUAAUUCAGAAAAUAGUAAACCUUCAACAGUACUGGGAUAUAAACCAGAGCUGGUUUGGGGGGAUGUGGAUAAUCCUAGUUAUUACAAGGAAUCCAUAGAUGCGAUUAUGAAGAAAGCAGACAAAUUUAUUUGUAUCAGAGACAACAAGUUUAAUUUCUCUCUCUUUGAAGAACAGCUUAAUGAGAGAGAUAUUAAACUGUUCAGAUAUGAUGAUGUAGAACAUGAUUGUGAUAAAUUAAAGGAUUUUAUGAAAUCUGAUAGUGGUUGUCUGUUAACCAACCAUGAAUUAGCUAGAGGAACUGAGUGCCAAUCCCUGUUAUAUUAUCAGGAUGGUUUCUCUAGUUUCUCUAUGCUACGGUGUACAGUUAACCUUGUACAAUGUAUCCCACUGGGUGUUGUGCAAGUGGUACCCCAGGGAUCAGGAGUCCUCAUGAUGCAAGGAACCCCGGGAGAUCCUGCUGUAUACACCCAGCUCCAGGUUGAGUUAAACAAGACACCAUAUAACAAGUCUAACAAACUUGUUUUCUUUCUUAGUGAAAAACUCCCUCCAGGAGUAGAAAUAAUUAAGAAAGAAUACAAAUUUCCAAAUUCUAAGAAAGAGUUUGAUGAACACCUUGAUAGUAUAGAGCAGGGUUGUAUAAUAUAUUAUUAUGAGGAAACAAAUAUGAAUUUUCAUUUAUAUACCCAGCUUGGUGAAUGGUUGGAGGGAACAUCAGUUCCCCUCAUAUAUUCAUAUUAUUGUUCACCAUACUGUGUAAACAUAAUCUUACAUUCACCAGGAAAUCCCUUCAUACGUAGUUUAUAUACCUAGCGAUGUAGGUUAAUGAAAUAUGAUGUAGACAUUUUAUUUGUUUAUCUAUCUCUUUAUCUCAAAAAUUUAUACUUUAUUCUAUGCAUGAUGUCAAACUUGUGUUGUCAUAGAGGCAAAAGCUUUUUGAACUUCUGAGUUCCAUAUUUAUAUUUUAAUAUAUUUCAAGACAUUAUUAAUUACAAAAAACUGUUCAGAAUAAUGUUUAAAAGAAUGUGUUUUAAACAUUUCAAAUUGAAGAGAAUUCAUUAAGAGUAUUUUAUAUAAUGUAGCAGGAAAGUGAUGUGUUGAUCUUUCCUGCGAUCAUAAAUGGUUGUUUUUUCCCUCCUGCCAUCAUUUCCCUCCUCCCCCCCUUUUUCAUCAUUCCUUUCCCCUUUUCCAUCCCUCCUUGGAUCUAACGGAUUUAUUCCUGUUUGUGUUUGAAUUCUAUAAAUAACCCAAGCCACGCGGAGAAACCGAAGCCAAGCUGAAAGUUCUGUUACCCCAGAGGCCCGGGGCUGGUGAGCUAGCCGGCCAGCUCCCGGGAUACUAGGGUUAAGCUCUAGCUCAGGGUGGAGCGAAGUCUGGGGAAAAUAGUCAGUUGAAGAUCAGCUCCAGAGUUGUAACAAUCCACUGAAGUUCUCCCUGCACUCUGUUCCAUUCUCAAUUCAUAAUAUUUAAUUCGUAUAGUAUUUUCCUUUAGUUUUUGUAUCUUUGUAAAUAAUAAUAAAUGUAA